AUCUUCCGUGGGCUCCUCGCCGAGCCGCCUCAGCAGCAGUCGUGGCACCGGCAGUCGGUCAGUGACCAGAAGGCGCCGGAGCUCAAGGCACUCCUCGCGGAAGGGGUCCUUCACCCCCACGUUCUUCACGACCUACACGCAGGCGGACCUGGCAUUGAAGCAUGGAGCCCAAUAUAUGCAUGCUGUGCGCUCCAGAAGAAAGUUUGCAUCCCUCAAGAGCGAGAACAUUGAUAACGAGGUCAAGGAGCCGCUAGCUCAAAGGAUUUUGCAACAGCCUGCGUUCGACGCAUUCUUCGCAUUUACUGUCAUUGCCAAUACUGUUUAUAUUGGAUUCGAUGUGCAGCACUCCAUCAAUUAUCCAAAUUCUAGCGAGAUUGGCUUUCACAUUGGCCACUACAUCUUCACUUUAGCCUUCAUCGUCGAGCUUGCUAUACGGCUUGCCGCUCAAGGUCUCAGAUUCUUUUGCUCGGAAGAUUGGAUGUGGGCAGCACUAGACACCUUCAUCGUGAUAAGCUCCUUGUGGGACAUCGUGAUGGACAUCCUUUAUUUCUGGCGCGACAAUGGUGUGACACAGGGCUUCAGCGAGAUGUCCAGCUUCAAGGCCUUCCGCAUUAUCCGCAUCACGCGGAUCGUCAAGGCGGUGCGGCUGAUGCGGAUCUUUCGCUUCAUCAUGGCCUUGAGGAUGUUGAUCACCUCCAUCAUGCACACCCUGAAGUCUCUAUUCUGGGCCAUGGUCUUACUGGUCCUGAUCAUGUACGCCUUUGCGGUAUUGCUAGCGCAAGUGGUGAACGACCACAUGCUGGAGCAAGCGACAGGAAUGGGAGUCACAGAGACUCAGGCGGUGGACAAGUACUUUGGUUCAGUCCAGAAUACCAUGUUGACCUUGUUCAUGAGCAUCUCCAAUGGGGUGAGCUGGGAGCACGUUUUGGCACCGUUGCGUGUCAUAUCUCUUGCGUGGGUCUUCGUCUAUCUCUUCUUCAUUGCCUUCACAUAUUUCGCGGUGCUCAACGUCGUUACCGGGGUGUUUUGCCAAAGUGCGAUUGACAGCGCUCAGAACGACCACGCGGCGAUCGUGCAGUCCAUUCUAGAGAAUAAGGAAGCACACCUCGCGAAGAUCAAGACGCUCUUCCAAAGCCUUGGUGGCGGAGGUAAGGAGGAGGAGAUGAACUUCAUCACCUUUCCCGUCUUUGAGGAGAAGAUCAACACGCCGGAGGUCCGCGACUAUUUCGAAUCCCUCCGCCUGGACAUUUGGGAUGCAUGGACCUUCUUCAAGAUGCUGGAUAUGGA